AUGAAUACAAGUUCAGUAGUACCACCAAGUUUGCAUCCACUCAUUGCUGGUGCAGCAAGUGCAUUUGUAACAACAACAUUAUAUCAACCAUUAGAUUUUCUUAAAACUCAAAUACAAGAACCGAAAGAUGGAAUAUCGAAACGUUCGAUACGAUCAAUAACGAAAUAUACUAUGCAUCAAUAUUCAACAUUUCGUUUAUGGCGUGGAUUAACACCGUCUUUAUUUCGUGCUGUACCUGGUAGUGCUCUUUAUUUUCAUUUGCUCAAUUCACUUAAAGAAAAAAUACCAAAAUCUCAACAAACAGCUUUUGUUAAUGGAGUCUGUGGCGCUUUAGCUCGUUGUGCAGCUGAUUUAGUAGUUUUUCCAUUUACAUUAAUCAAAGCUAGACUUGAAAGUUCUCGAUAUACAACAAUGAACAUGAUUGCUAUUAUUAAACAUGUAUAUUCAAUGCAUGGUUUACAAGGUUUUUAUACUGGUCUUCUACCUACUUUAGCACGUGAUCUUCCAUUUUCUGGUAUCUAUUAUAUGUCUUAUCACAUUCCAUCUCAUAAAAAUUGGAUAACAUCUCAAGCUUCAAUAAGUAUCGCAGCUGGUUUAAUUGCUUCGUUUAUAACUCAACCGGCUGAUGUUAUUAAAACAUAUCGACAAGUAGCUCCAAAUGAUUAUCAAAAUGUUCGCAUAACAAUUAAAUCUAUUAUUAAAACGCAUGGUUUAAUCGGGUUUGGAAGUGGUUUUAUUCUACGAGCAUUUCGUCGUACACUUGUAGCUGCAACAGCUUGGACCUUAUACGAAUCAUUUUUAAGAUAA